GUGGUUCCGAUCCAUUUUCAAAGUUUCACCGAAGAUAAACGGUUAAACAAAAGGUAUGUUUAUGUGUCAGCAAACGUCUUGGCUAAAAGAAAAAAUGUUUAAUGAUAAUAAUAAUAAAAAAAGAGUUUAAAUAGGCUAUAUAUUCCGGUUCCUCCGGUUUCUUGACGUGACCUGUCAAAAGUAUGGAGGAGGGAAAGUUACCGUUAAGAUGGCUCAGAAGCCCGGCGGUGAGUGGGAGGGUCUGCCUGUCUGUCGCUACACCACUUUACUCCCUGAAGUUGUAGCAGUGAGGAGCAAAUCAUUACACGUGUGGAGUACUGUCAGCACCCAGGUGACAGGACCGAUGAGAUGAUACUAAAACACAACAGGAGUCCUCUUCUGCUCGCCGUCACCUGCAUGUACUUCUCAGGAGGUCUGCUUUGGUCUUACCAAGAAGAGGAUGCCAGUGACGGUGAAGAGUGCUCUGAGAAUAACAUUUCUACAACAAAGUACCCCUGCGUGAAGUCGACUGGAGAAGUCACAACGUGUUACAGAAAGAAAUGUUGCAAGGGCUUCAAGUUUGUGUUGGGCCAGUGCAUUCCUGAAGACUAUGAUGUGUGUGCUGGCGCCCCCUGUGAGCAACAGUGUACUGACCAUUUUGGUCGAGUGGUGUGCACCUGUUACCCUGGCUACCGCUAUGACCGUGAGCGCCACAGAAACCGAGAGAAGCCCUACUGUCUAGACAUCAAUGAAUGUGCAGACAAAAACACGACUACGUGCUCUCAGAUCUGCGUCAAUUCUUUCGGGAGCUACAGGUGUGAGUGUGAGAAAGGCUAUUUCCUGGAAGAAGAUGGGAAAACAUGCACCAAAGGGGAGAGAGCAGUGCAUCUCUUUGAGAAGUCUGACAACGUGAUGAAUGCUGGAACUUGCUCAGCCACAUGUGACGAUUUCCACCAGAUCAGGAUGUCUGUCCUUCAGCUUAAACAGAAGCUUGCCAUGCUGUCAAACAGUGCUGACGUCCCUGAGCAGAUGACCAGUGAGAAAGUCCUGACGUCGCCUAUAUUUCUACCAGGGCCUCCAGGUCUCCCUGGUCCUCCAGGAGAUCCAGGACCAGAGGGCCCUCCAGGACUUGCAGGACAGUUGGGCCCCCCUGGGCCUCCUGGUCAUAGGGGCUUGAUGGGACCCAUUGGACCCACACCAGACCUGUCCCACAUCAAGCGGGGCCCCAGAGGACCCGUGGGGCCUCCAGGAGCACCAGGGAAAGAUGGCCUAAAGGGGGAUCGAGGAGCUCCUGGGCCUGUCGGACCACCAGGCCCUCCAGGCUCCUUUGAUUUCCUGCUUCUCCUGAUGGCAGACAUCCGUAACGACAUCGCUGACCUGCAGAGCAAGGUGUACGGUCGACCGAUGCACUCUCCAGGAGAGGACUUUCCUUCGGUCCCCGACAGCUGGUGGGACAACCAGGACAAUCUGGAUACAGGCUCAGGUGAGGACUACAAGGAACCUCCAGCUCGAACAGGCGGAGGGUCUAAGAGGAACCGGAAGAGGAAACCAGCACGAGAGAGAACAGACUUUGACUGGAAUAUUUAAAGAGAGUGGGUUUAAAUACUUAAUCUCAGGUGUAAAUAUUGUAGUAGUUUGCUUUCUUUUAUUUAAACAGAAUGCACUGUAUGCCUGUGAAUCAGAUGUUUAUUUUUGUAUGAUAUACAAAAGUUUGUGUGAAUAUUUUUUAACAAAAUGAGUAGACUGUGCAAAUGCAUGUUUUUUUAUUCUAUAUAUUUUUUUUUUUAAACAUAUGGUUCCUUCACAGCACAUUAAACAAGUCUCUCAUGGAAGCAGUUUUUACCUCUUUACUUUAUGACAUUAUAUUUCACUCAAAUUGUAUUAGAAAUGGAGCCACACGCUAAAUAAUGAACCAACUGACAAUAGAAUUGGAAGAAGAUGGAAAAGAAUACUUGCAUUGCCGCGUUGCUAAGCAUGUGUACAUAAACAUACAAGGAAAAAUUUUUUUCGUUGUUUCAAUGUAAAAACAAGGACAAAAAAGCUGAACAAAGAUGGGUAAACAUUAUGUACAUACAAGUAGGUGAAAAAAUAGAUGUAUAGCUGUGUGGAUCAUAGUUGACUGAUAGUUCUCCACCAGAGGGAGACAUUCUCAAAGACACUUCUGGGUCAUUUUACAUUAUAAAGUUCUUUACUCAGCGAUACUGAGAAAUAAAGGGUUAAUGAAUCUGUAACAUCCUACAAUAUGAUUACUUAGUCUAAAGAAAGGCAACAUUUCCAGCUGCUGCUUCCAGCUUUUGUGUGCAGUCUUCCAAGGCUAAAGAUUCAGAACUUUUACAAAAGAGCUCAUCUUAAGGUCAGUCAGGAUAUUUACUUAGAUGAGCAAACUUUUACUGUACAUAAUCACUGUACACAACAUUAUAGUGUGUUAUAAACUAUAUAAUGUUUGUAAAUGCUAAAAACGGGAUGUAAAGUAGUAGUAGUAGUGUUACCAAUUAAAUUGUUCAUGACUAUUGACCUUUUGAAAGAUGCUUUAAAAAAGCAUGUAUAACUUUAAAAAUGUAAAAUCUUACAACACCAAUAGGCUUAAACAAUGUAACAUUACUGUAGUUCUUGCCAUUAUCCACAUUAGACUGAGGGCUAUGAAGUCAUUGCUGGAAGAGACUGAGGUUUGGCCUCUGAAUUGAGAAGGAGGUUUAGCGUUGGGCUUCCAGCUGUUUUUUUAUGUAGUAAAGCGUUUUCUGAAGUCAUAAACUUCACCCUGGUCCCUUUUACUCAUAACUUACAUCUCACUCUGUCCUUUAUUUUACGAAGAGAAGUUGCAGACAUGAUCUCUAGGAGCUUGACCGAAACAAGGUGAUGUCAUUUUUAUUUUCAUACAUAACAAGAACAUGAAAUAACAUUCAAAACAGGCAGCUCAAGAAACCUUUAGUCUUGUUUAUCAGCACUGGUCUAACUUCUAAAGUUAAUUUAUUAUCAGUAUUGAUUCUUAUUGUUUUAAUUAGGUGUUUUAUAACUUCAUUGUUAACUAUAUAAGUAAUUUUACAUUAAGUACAUUUUGCUGGUAAAAUUUUCACUUAAAGAAUGUGACUUGUAAUGGUGUAUCCUUUGCUACUUUUCCUAAGUAAAAUAUUUAAAUACUUCUUCAA